CAGACGUCCUCGCGCACCGCCAGCUCGCAGCGGCAAGUGCACAUACACCACUACAUCCUUCUUUCCAUUCCAAAGUCCAUGUAGAACGUAUCAUGGACGUCCUUAACCAGCGACAUCGCAUGGCGCAAAUGGUAGGUCGCGCGAGCGUUGAAUUCUAUGUUGGCCUAGCGUUGCGCAAGCGUGGGGAGGUUCUUGCAAAGAAUGGAAACGUCGGGGGAGUCGUCGAGGAAGCAUUCCUCGUCCGGACAUUUAGGAACGGGCUCGGUGUGUUCGUGUUCGAGUCAGUCCUUCUCUUCGUUGGAUUUCCUGCUCAAUGCAUACUAGACUGGGCUUGGAAGGCCUCGACAUGUUCAAACAAGACGUUCGGUUCGACGCGGAGAAUUACACCGCUGCCCUUCUGUCCCAGACGACCAGACGAGAGGUUACGAUCUCACAUUUUGAUAAAGUCAAGGUGAGGAUUGACGUGGAGAAAGAUAAAAACACGCAGCGGGGACGUGUUAAGAUGGCACUCACUUCGGUCUAUAACGCGUCCAUUACACCGAGUAGUUUGCCAUGGGACACUUACAACUACUGCAAUGCACCUCAUGCCAACCCUGAUCACUACUCGUUGCCAAACGAAUCCGGUGCACGACUCCGGUUCGUCGUAGUGGUCAUGCAGCACCACAAGCUCGGGCCCUUCCUCGUCAUACCACAGUCUUACGCUGGCGGGACGGCUCAAAUAUUCACUGAAACAAGCAUACCUUUUCUCCACCCUUUUGCAGAUUGCAUAUGGGCGGGUACGUGCAACUCUGGACAGCUCACACGCGAGGGGCUUGACGAUGCCACAAAACAUGGGCGGGAUUUUUUGGGAGUAUACCAUGAGAGACUCGGGUUUUUGGAGCACCCGAGGACGCAGCAAGUAGCUGGUGCGAUGCUCUAUGGUAUGGAUCCCAACACUGCGAGUAAACAAUGGCCCGUGUAUAUGCAGCCUAAUAUCAUCGACUCACUCGUGCUGAACUAUGCGUGCCCCGUUGCUGGUCAACUCCGCGCUGAGGCGCAAGCCAUGUCGUCCUGGGUGGACCACCUCGCGAAACACGAAUCUCUCCAGCGGAGGCUAGAUGAAACGUUGGGCACAACUGGGCUAGACGCGUGGAAUUCUUGGUAUGAUCACUUCGACAUCUUCACGUCCAGGCCGUGCCAGGGACACCCCCUCCCAUGUAGUGUAACUGGUGCUUGUGUCAGUCCAGAAGACGCGAAGAUGGUAUUUUCGAUUGGGGAUUGGGAAUACAAAUAUCUUUUUAACGAUGGACCACAAGCUAGCCAGUAUGUCAAACUCGCGUUCGGUGUUUUCUUUGCCGAGCUUGCAAAUACUUUGCGGCACGUGUCCAAUCGGAACAGUUCCUGCAACGGAGGUGAGGAGAACCUGAGGGACAAUAAUGCACAUAUUGGUGUAACAAGUCAUGUUGUCGGAGCACAGGGGCGACCGAAGCACAAACUGCACAUGUAUGUCGGACAUGACGGCUCGAUGGUGCGUCUCGCUGCUGGGCUCGGCCUUGGUCGUGCGAACUGCCUGCGAUGGUCAGCCAUGAGCAGCGAAAUUGUGAUGGAGCAAGAUUUUGCUAACCACAUUUCCAAUCGUUGUGACAGGUUUGGCGACGUAUCAUACGUGCGCGUCUUGCGUGAAGGCUCUCCAGCCCCACCACCACUUGACAGGAUCCUUGGUGAAUUUAUUUAG